UCUCUAUUUAUAUCGACGACUUCACCUCCCCGCGGCUCUCUGCACUCACGCAAGCGCAAUGCGCACCUGAAACGCAGAAAGUAAAAAUUGCACAUCAUGAAUUUGCUCGGCGUAGGGCGCCGCGAUAUUGGACAGUCGUUACAAAUCGCAAAUUAGUUGUGCGAGGACGAAAUCGUCGCCGCAGUGUCCAUUGCGUCGCGAGAAUGGCUGAUGCCUGCACGGCACCGGUGCUCUCCGAUACUGCAGUAGUCGUACGUCACAUAACAGCUGAAGCGCCGGCUAAAGCCGAACGUUCGUGACGUCUCUCGUGAAUAGCGAGCCGCAGGGGACCGACACCAUGGCGUCCACUAUGCAGCUCGAGUUCACACAGGCUAUGACCGACUUUAAAACAAUGUUCCCUGAUAUGGAUGACGACGUAAUUGAAGCGGUACUCCGAGCUAACCAGGGUGCAGUGGAUGCAACCAUUGAUCAGCUUUUAGCGAUGAGUACAGACAAUCAAAACGAAAAACUUCGUUUGGAGAUGGAAAGAGUUGAAAGUAGCUCGCCAUCAAGACGCAAAGACUUAAUUAAGCGGAUAUCUCGUGGUACAGAAAAUGGUGACGAUAAUGAUACUACAGCGCUUGUGGAUGUUGAUAACGAUACUGUACCACUAUCUAUAAAAAGAAAAUGGAUACCUCGAAUGCUAGGUCCCUUGCCUCCUAUGUUCCUCCGUAUACCACCGACUACUGACGCAAGAAUCGACCUUAGUUUAGACAUGGAUGACGAUCGCAUUGCAACAUUUCUACAGAAUGAAGAGUUUAUGGCGGAGCUGCGGUGGAAUCAAGAAUUUAUAGCUGCAUUGGAUAGUGAGCAAGGAAAUAAAACGAAAUGUCACGAUGACGAAGCGGCAUUUAAGGAAAGACUAAAAAAUAUGGGAAAACUGUCACGAAAGAAAUUCGCGCAGCUCUCCAGGAUGUUCUCCCGGGGUGGGUCGCGACGAAGCGGUAGUGCACGCGUGCCCUCGCGAGGUCCACCCGACAGUCUUCUGCUGCAAGAGGAACACAGCGACGACGACGACCGACCGCAGCAGCAGAAUAUAAAAAUAUAAAACGUGUCUCCGUUCCAUACGAUAUCGUCACGAUUGAGUGUCUGAAGAAAGACUAUUAAGAUGGGCCUUAAUGUAUUUAUCGGAGUUGCACAAGGUUUCGCAUAAGACUGGGAUUGUUUAGAUAAGGUUGCAUUAGUUCGUUGUUAUUGAAAACCUGUAGAGGGAAGGUUGUAUAUUGUUUAGAUUACUUUGUUAAAUCGAAACACUGAGGGUGUUUUCCUAAAAAUUAAACGAUAUCCAUAAAUUAUUGUAAAUAAUUGUUGUUCCAGCGAGUUCAUUCUGGUAGUUGGUGGUCAUUGCUUUGUUCUUCCGCAAUCAAAUUAUUCCGCUAUGCCUCCGCUAACAUUUUUUUGUUACCUAACUCAGUGAGAAGGUACUAAAACCAUUUUUUUCACUAGCCUCGAUUUUAUAUUUUUAUAUUACUAAUCACAAUUAUAUCACCACGCGCGUAUGCACUGUUACUGUAUUAAAUAGUUGUUAUAAAACCUAGAACUUUUUUAGUUUAACCAGUUUUUUAAAAGCUACCUAAUAAAAAUACAUGAUAAAUAA